AUGCCCGGCGCAAUCACUCCUCCCCAGACCCUCUACGACAAGGUCCUGCGCGACCACAUCGUCGACGAGAAGGACGAUGGCACCCUCCUGAUCUACAUUGAUCGCCAUCUCGUGCACGAAGUUACCUCUCCCCAAGCUUUCGAAGGCCUCAAGAAUGCCGGUCGAGGCGUCCGCAGACCAGACUGCACCCUGGCAACCGUUGACCACAACGUACCCACCACCUCGCGCGCGACCUACAAGGACACCUCGAGCUUCAUCAAGGAGGCCGACUCGAGACUGCAGACCGUCACCCUCGAGCACAACGUCAAGGACUUCAACCUCACCUUCUUCGGCCUGACCGACGACAGGCAAGGCAUUGUCCACGUCAUCGGCCCCGAGCAGGGCUUCACCCUGCCCGGCACCACCGUCGUCUGCGGCGACAGCCACACCUCCACCCAUGGCGCCUUCGGCUCCCUGGCCUUCGGCAUCGGCACCAGCGAGGUCGAGCACGUCCUCGCCACCCAGACCCUCAUCACCAAGCGCAGCAAGAACAUGAAGGUCCAGGUCGACGGCGACCUGGCCCCCGGCGUCAGCAGCAAGGAUGUCGUCCUCCACGUCAUCGGCCUCAUCGGUACCGCCGGCGGCACCGGUGCCGUCAUCGAGUUCUGCGGCUCUGCCAUCCGCUCCCUGAGCAUGGAGGCCAGGAUGUCCAUCUGCAACAUGUCCAUCGAGGGCGGUGCCAGGGCCGGCAUGAUCGCCCCCGACGAGAUCACCUUUGAGUACCUCAAGGGCCGGCCUCUGGCCCCCAAGGUCGACAGCCCGGAGUGGAAGCGCGCCGUUGCCUACUGGUCCACCCUCAAGACCGACGACGGCGCCAAGUUCGACAAGGAGAUCUACAUCAACGCAAAGGACAUCGCCCCGACCAUCACCUGGGGUACCUCGCCCCAGGACACCAUCCCCAUCACCGGUGUCAUCCCGAGCCCCGACGACUUCGACGACGCCGUCAAGAAGGAGGCCUGCAAGAACGCUCUCGAGUAUAUGGGCCUGACCGCCGGCACCCGCGUCCAGGACAUCCCCAUCGACAAGGUCUUCAUCGGCAGCUGCACCAACUCCCGCAUCGAGGAUCUGCGCGCUGCCGCCAAGAUUGUCGAGGGCAAGAAGAUUGCCAAGAACGUCAAGCUGGCCAUGAUCGUCCCCGGGUCCGGCCUGGUCAAGAAGCGCGCCGAGAGCGAGGGCCUCGACAAGAUCUUCAUCGACGCCGGCUUCGAGUGGCGCGAGGCUGGCUGCUCCAUGUGCCUGGGUAUGAACCCCGACAUCCUGGCCCCCAAGGAGCGCUGCGCUUCGACGUCGAACCGCAACUUCGAGGGCCGCCAGGGUGCCGGCAGUCGCACCCACCUGAUGUCGCCCGUCAUGGCCGCCGCCGCCGCCAUCGUCGGCAAGCUCGCCGACGUUAGGCAAGUCGCCGAGCCCCAGCACGUCUCGCCCGCCAAGGCCUCGCCCAAGAUCUUUGUCGGCGAGCCCCACGUGGACGACAUCUCGGACGACGAGGGCCUGGACCGCAUCGCCGACGUGCCCGAGGACGGCGAGUUCUCGAGCGACAAGGGCUCGGCCCCCGUGUCCUCGGGCGGCAUGGACAAGUUCACGCAGCUGCGCGGCAUCGCGGCGCCCAUGGAGCGCGCCAACGUCGACACGGACGCCAUCAUCCCCAAGCAGUUCCUCAAGACCAUCAAGCGGUCCGGGCUCGGCACGGCGCUGUUCAACCAGUGGCGCUACGUCGACGGCGAGAUGGGCAGGGAGAACCCGGACUUUGUGCUCAACCGGGAGCCCUACCGCCGGGCCAAGAUCCUCGUCGUCACGGGGCCCAACUUUGGCUGCGGGUCGAGCCGCGAGCACGCGCCCUGGGCGCUGAUGGACUUUGGGAUCCGGUGCAUUAUCGCGCCUUCGUUUGCCGAUAUCCACCAGAACAACCUGUACAAGAACGGCAUGCUGCCCAUCUGGAUGUCGGGCGAGCCGCUGGAGCGGGUGCACGCCGAGGCUGUGGCCGGCCGCGAGAUCGAGGUCGACCUGCCGGCGCAGGUGGUGCGCGACGCGCAGGGCAACGUGCUGGGCGCCUUCGAGGUCGAGGAGUUCAAGAAGCACUGCCUGAUCAACGGGCUCGACGACAUCGGCCUCACGAUCCAGAUGGAGGACAAGAUUGUCGCGUUCGAGAAGAGGAGGUCCGAGCACUACCCCUGGCUCGACGGCACGGGGUACCUCAGCAGGCACCGCAAGAGGACGGGGCCGGUCAUGGUGAAAGCGGCGCCGGUGCCCAAGACGAAUAGGGGGGAGGUCAAGGGGGAGCCUCUGGAGUGGUGA